AUGGAUAGAUACGUAAUAAGAGAAGCAAGAAUUGGAACAAACUAUCCUCAGGGAAAUCAAAUGAUGACAUUUUCAACGAAUACUGGCAAAAAUUACAUAAAUCCAACCGAAACUGUUUACUAUGGCGGUGCUUAUGCAAAUCAGUUUACGAACAUGCAACCUGUGCCUAACUCAAAUUACAUAGAUAUCGGCAAUGUGAAUACUCCAGUUAUUGGUCAAAACUUACAUCCAGCUCAAGGACAAAUGAUGACAGGAAUCGACCCUAGAUAUUUAGCUAACUAUGCGGAUAACAGUGCUCAAUAUAUUGUUGCGGGUCAACCGAUGCAAUGUGAAUCGGGUAAUAUGCCAAACAAUCCUAGUUUUGGGUCGAAUUACCAAAACCGAAGCUUCACUGGAGUUGAAAAGUCUAAGCCUAAAAUGUUCACCCAAGGGAUGAAUACUGUUCGGCGUCCUGAAUUACCGCAACAGAUGUUUUAUGAUAGAAAAACAAAUGCAGAUUGUCAACCUAAAGAAGUUAUGCAAAAAGGAAUCACACAAGAGCAUCAAAUUAAAGCAGCUACACCUAAAGUGGUUCCAAUUCAAGCAUCGAAGAAAGAAUAUCAAAGUCAAAUUAUGUCAAGAACUGACAGACUUCAGGCACUUCACAAAAGCGGUCCGAGGGCGUUUUCCGGUCCCGUAGAAAAGGUGCUUAAAUGGCACAAGGCUUUGCAGGACAUCGGCGUUUUUGUAUUUUAUGAAAUCGUUGCGAAAUGUGUUAGUGUAAGAUCAGGCGAGUCUUGUUCUAAGAAUUUGGUUAUAAGAGAUGAUAACGGACCAGCAAUGCAAGUGGUUUAUUACGAAAUAGAUUUUUUACUCCCGGAACUGAAAGUACCUUCAACGGUCAGGGUAAUAGGUCGGAUGAUGGCCGGCACAUGCAGGCUACAGGCGUUUAGCGUGCGUCCGGCGACAGGUGAUGAUGUGACGAUGCUGCCGCGCCGCGCCGUUGUAGCUGCACACCAGGUCACCAAACUAUGCAAGGAAUAUGGAAUAAAUAUUUCAAUUUAG